CCUUUUUUUUUGUGUGUGUGUGUGUGGCCGAGGCUCGCUGAGCUGCAGCAUGACCACAGCAGCCACUGCUCAUCAGGGACUUCUGGCAAAUGAAAAUGGAGGCGCUUUCCAUGUCCGGCCUGGACAACAGCAAGCUGGAGGGCCUGGCGCAGGACGUCCUGUCUGACCUGGUGGAGGAUGCGUGCCUGGGCCUCUGCUUCGAGGUGCACCGGGCCGUCAAGCAGGGCUACUUCUUCCUGGACGACACGGACCAAGAAAGCUUGCGGGACUUCGAAAUCGUGGACCAGCCGGGCCUGGACGUGUUCGGCCAGGUGUACAACCAGUGGAAGAACAAAGAGUGCGUCUGUCCCAACUGCAGCCGGAGCAUCGCCGCGUCGCGCUUCGCCCCGCACUUGGAGAAGUGCCUCGGCAUGGGACGCAACAGCAGCCGCAUCGCCAACCGCAGAAUCGUCACGGGUAACAACACCAACAACAAAUCCGAGAGCGACCAGGAAGACAACGACGACGUCAACGACAACGAUUGGUCGUACGGCGCGGAAAAGAAAGCCAAGAAACGAAAAUCUGAUAAGAAUCCUAAUUCGCCACGAAGAUCCAAAUCCUUCAAGCACAAGAGCACAGGCAUGAUGGGUCCUCGACGUCGCAUGGAGAACCAGGAAAGCCCUCGCAUGCUGAUGAAAGACGAAGCGUUCCCCCAAUGACGACGCGCAGAGUGACUGGCAUUACUUUAUUAUUCCGGGCGAAAAGUUAGCGAUAGUUAGCUUGUCCGGUGACGACUUCAGACCUCCCACUUUAUACUUGACACUUUUGUUUGUUUUUUUUAAUUUCCAAAAGCAUCACACGGACAAUGGCUUUCAAGUCCUCUCUUUUGCUGGAAUCCCUCACAAUAACGAUGAAAUAUUUGACACUGCGAGCGUCGAACUACUCGGUGAGCGCAGUUUUACAUUUUUUUUUUUUGUAAGAUUAAGAGUCAUGUUUUUGUGUUUCAGAGAAUCACAAGAAAUGUUUUUUUUCUUCCGUUUUCAAACUCGCCGUCGACUCAACAUAUAAAUGUACAAGCAAUUGCUGCGGAAAGCAGAUGUUUCAUUUUUUACAUUUUUUUUGGGGGGGGUGUAUCAUGUGUUUACAGUGUAAAAGGGUUACACAAAUCCUCAGUGUGAUGUGAUGGUGUAAAUAUUGCAAUAAUGGAACUGCUGCUAUCAUGGCUUGGUAUCUUUCGUCUGUCUAGCGUAAUAAAUGUUUUGUUACUUGUA